AUGGUGACAGCGCGCAACGCGUUUACGAUCGCCGCUGGGCUGGAGCUGGGUGCCAAGAACCGCUACACGAACAUCCUUCCGUUCGACAGCAAUCGCGUGCGGCUGAGCGGAGCUAGCGACUACAUCAAUGCCAGCUUUGUAUCUUACUUCAGUGGGCCGCUGUACAUCGCAACGCAGGGCCCGCUGCCGGCGACUACAGCAGACUUUUGGCAGAUGGUGUGGGACCACCGGGUGCGCGUCAUUGUUAUGCUGACGCGUGAGUUUGACAACGGGCGCGCCAAGUGCCACCGCUACUGGCCGCAGGCGUUGGGCACGACUGUAGUGCACGGUGCGCUGCGUGUUGAGUACCAGGCCGAGGCGCGCCACCCGGACGACACGGCCAUUGUUGCGCGGCGCCUGCGCCUGUCGCGCAUCGACCUACCUGACGACACCAUCAUUGUCACGCAGCUCCAGUACGAGACGUGGCCCGACCACGGCGCGCCCGACGCCCCACUGGGUGUGCUCCGGCUGCGCGAGCUGGCAUGCAUUGCGCAGGGCGACGACGAGCUGGCCAAGAAUGUGCCAAUGGUCGUCCACUGUAGUGCCGGUUGCGGCCGCACAGGCGCAUUCUGCGCGAUUGACACUAUCAUGGCCAUGGACCCGAAGGAGUUCUUCCGCGAAGAUGUCGUAUUCAUAGUAGUGUCGCGCUUCCGCGAGUUGCGCGUGUCGAUGGUGCAGACUAUCCAGCAGUUUGUUUUCUGCCACGAGGCGCUG